UGAAAUCAGGGGAGCCAAACGAGCUGUAAUUUCUUUUGGUUUCCUCCUGCCUAACAUUUCUUUAUCUUGGUUAUUACAGAUCAGAUCUAACCCUCCUGCCUCGCCCUCAACAUCCUCACCAAGGAAUGGCCACCGAGGGACAGAGCGGCGGCGGCGGCGCUAACUCCGGCGAGGGCAGGAGCUUCGUCGACGCCAACCGUCUCCGGGACCUGCAAGCUUUCGACGACACCAGGGCCGGCGCCAAGGGCCUCGCCGACGCCGGCGUCCGCCACGUCCCCGCCAUCUUCCACCACCACCCCGACGCCCUCGCCCCGCACGCCGUCUCCACCCGCGUCGCCAUCCCCGUCAUCGACCUCUCCGGCCGCCGGGCGGAGGUGGUGGCCGCGGUGAAGGAGGCGGCCGAGACGGUGGGCCUCUUCCAGGUGGUGGCGCACGGCGUGCCGGAGGCGGCCAUGGCGGGGAUGCUGGCGGCGGUGCGGCAGUUCCACGAGGAGCCGGUGGAGGCCAAGGCGCGCUACUACACGCGGGACGCGGGCAGGAGCGUCCGCUACAACUGCAACACGGACCUCUUCCAGGCGCCCGCGGCCCGGUGGCGCGACACCCUCUACCUGGACGACCCGGACAAGCUGGCUGCGGAGGAGCCUCUCCCUCCGGCGUGCAGCGGCAUCGUGCCGCGCUACACCCUGCUGAUGCGGCAGCUGGGGCGGUCCCUCUUCGGGCUGCUGUCGGAGGCCCUGGGGGUGCGGCGCGGCCACCUGGAGGAGCAGGCCGGUUGCAUGGAGGCGGUCACCAUGUUCGCCCACUACUACCCGGCGUGCCCGCAGCCGGAGCUCACGCUGGGCGCCGGCCGGCACUCGGACCCCAGCUUCGCCACCGUGCUGCUCCAGGACAGCGUCGGCGGCCUCCAGGUGCUCGUGGAGGAGGAGGAGGAGGGUGGGAGUGGCCCGGCGUGGGUGGACGUGCCGGUGGUGCCGGGGGCGCUGGUGGUGAACGUGGGCGACUUCCUCCAGCUCGUGUCCAACGGCCGCUUCCACAACGUGCUGCACCGCGUGGUGGCCAAGGACGUGGGUCCCCGGAUCUCGGUGGCCUGCUUCUUCCGCGCGAACGGCGCGACGGUGUGCGCGCCGGUGGUGGACGCCGGGAGUGGUUCACAGGCGAGGUACCGGACGGUGACGGCGGAGGAGCUGCUGGGGUCGCCGAGGGCGCAGAACCGGCUCCGUGACCUCCGGCUCUAGACAGCUCUCCUCCGGCCUCUAGCUAAGCUACUCCUAGCAACCUCUGAAUUAGACAAGUUGUGAAGAGGGGAGGAAACAGAAGAGAAGAGAGUAGCCUGGUACUUGCCCAAGCAGCUUCAGAGGCUGGUUGUGGCCUCCAUGUAUGUUUCUGCUUGCUUACUGAUAUUGGAGAUAUAUAGAUGGUGUGGCCC